GGGCCGCGGCCGCCAUGGCGGAGGAGGCGCCGGAGGACGGCGCGGUGCGGACCCUGCCCAGCCUCAGGCGCCUCUCCCGGGCUCUGCCCUUCGGACGGAGCCACGGCCGCCUCGGCGUCAGCUCCAGCGGCCGCCUCAUCGUGCCAGCGCCGUCCUCUCAGGAGAAGGCGGACCCGCAGAAAACGGCGUUCCUGCUGCGCAAAGCCUGGACGCUGUACAGCGUGACCCCCCUGUACCGCUUCCGCCGCGGCCGCCUCCGGGACUACGCGCGGCUGCUGGGCGCCUUCAUCGCCGCCGAGAAGCAGAAGGGGCUGGCCGUGGAGGUGGGCGUCGAGCUGGACAUCAAGGUGGCCCUGUCCAGCCUUGCCGACCUCAGGGGCAGCGAGCUGGACCAGGAUGCCCUCCUGGUGCAGCUCUCUUCGAGGUCACAAGCCUCCUCCAAGAACUCUGAAGACAAAGUGGUGUGGUCAGGCUGGUUCUGCUCCGUGUUUGGAGAUGACCUUUCCGAGAACGUGCCGGAGCACUUCACCUGCCUGCCCCUGUUCCUGACCCACGGGGCCGAGAGCUACACGUCCCUGGUUGGCAGCUGGUUCCAGAAGACUUUCGACUGCUGCUUCCGCCGCCUGGCUAUCAGCCCCCUGAACCUCAGCUGGAUGGUGGCCAUGUGGGCUGGCUGCAAGCUGGACAGAGCUGCCUCUGCCGUGGAACUCGUCUUCUCCGUGCCCCGCCUGGCGCAGCCCCUGGAUAUUUCCUACGCCAUCCACCCAGAGGAUGCCAAAGCUCUGUGGGACACGGUGCAAAAAACGCCAGGAGAGAUCACCCAAGAGGAGGUGGAUGUCUUCAUGGACUGCCUUUAUGCCCACUUCCACAGGCACUUCAAGAUCCACUUGUCAGCUGCAAAGCUGGUGAAGGUUUCCACAGGGAUUGCCUCGGCACAGUGUGAUGGGAUUGUGAAGAUUCUACACAGCCAAUACCUGCCUGGAGUGCUGAUGCUACUGACUGAACUUGCAAUCUCUCAGAUACAGUGAGAGCCAUUUCAGUAGCACUUCACACUAGAAAGGCUUUCUGUUUGGACAGUCUGCGCUGAGAAACCACCAGGAAUCUCACUCCUGCAGCAUCUUCUUUCCUCUCAUUCUGGCUGUCCAAAGUCAGACUGCACUUGGCUGUGUAAUUCCCUGCACAGCAAAGUCAAGCAGACAUUUGCAAGCCCUGAAGAAGGGCUGCAAUGCAAACUUGUGACAGCUUCCUGAGCAGCUUUGUUUUCUCAUAGUUACUCAUUUCAUUAAUGUGCAGGUAUCAGCUCGGAGACAAACAGUGCAAGUUCUUGAUGCAACAUACUGGCAGGUAUUUCUGUUGUUUCAAAGCUGGUUUUCACUGGACAGCUUAAGCUAACGCAGACCUUGGCUAAACUGUGACUACUCUUGGGCUAGCCUAAAUGCAAAGUUCAGCACACCUGAGAAAGAGUGCAUGCUCUACAAUCCAGGGCAGAAAAAUCCAGGUUUCUAACUCCCUUUUUAGCUUGUUAAGGGUACUUGGUAAUGGGGUAUUGUCCAUUUAUGUCCCAGUUGGCCGUGAGAUUGGACACGAGGCACUUGUCAGCCUGUUGGUCCUCCCAGGCAAAUUGAUAAUAGGAAAGUGAGGUGUGGAUAAGCUUGAUAGUUACUAGGUUUUGUCCUUAUGUUUGUAAUCUUGGAUGUAACCCUCUAGGCCAGAGAGCUCUCAGGGCUGGAGCUGUGUGCUAGAGUUUGAUGUUGGAUCCCUCCCUUCUGGAGCAGGUCAGAGUUCAGAGGGACAUUUAAGGAGCAGAAGGUAACACCUGCUAAGAUGUUUUUGUAAUACAGUACUAAAUAAAGAAAAUAUUUUCCAUCUUUUGUCUUACGGAAAGACCACCACUGCCUAAUUAAAUAUAUCCUUGCAUGGAGCUUCUUUCUAACUACAGCUUACCAGACCAAACCACCACUUGUUACUUAUUAAAUGCAUCUGUGAGCAGCAAAA